AUGCGCACAAUCACGUUCGAAUUCGCCAAGCGCGAGGUACCCAUCCUGCUCGACCUCUGCCUUCCCGAUGCUACGUCUUCCGAGCCGCUGCCCAUCUUUGUCUGGUGGCACGGCGGCGGGCUGAUCCAAGGCGCACGACAGGCCAUGGCUCCCCACCUCAAACGUGCCGUCGACAAGUACAACAUCGCCGUGGUCUCGACCGACUACCGCUUGGCUCCGCAGGUUCGUGUGCCGGAUAUCCAGCACGAUAUGGAGGACUGCCUCGCGUUUGUGGUGGACAGGCUGCCCUCCGAGCUUGCUGCCAAGGGUGAUGCUGCGAAGCUCGACACGGACAGGAUUGUGUUAAGCGGAUCGAGUGCUGGAGGUUGGCAGUGUCUGAUGGUCGGGCUGGGCAUGUGUCCUAAUACCAAGCCGGAGCAUUUGCAAAAGGUGAAGGGCAUCGCUGCGGUUUAUCCUAUCACCACCAUGGACCACCCAUUCUUCCUCGAAAGGCAGAUCCCUUUCGGCGGCUUGCUCAAGGACGACCCGGACUCGUUUGCUGAAUUUCGUGACCCCGACGCACCGGUGACCGCCAACUCGGCGGCGGUGGAACAUCGCAGGAAAUUCUACAUGCACGCACAGCAAGAGGCGCUCUUUCCUUCACUCCUCUUUUCACAGCAGCAGCGCGAUCAAGGCUGGCUUCAGAAGACCGACGUCGUUACGUUCCUCAAUGCGAGCUCGGGGGAGCAGAGGAGAGCUUUCCCGCCCAUCUACAUUGUGCACGGCGAAAAGGACUCGGCGGUGGAUGUCGACCACGCACGUCGACUCGAAAAGGCGCUCAAAGCCGUCGGAACGCCAGUCAUCUACGACGAAGUGCCCGGUAGAGACCACCUGUGGGAUCAGCUCGAGCCACAAGAGAAUCUCGAAGCGUUGUGGAACUUUUCGCUGGAUAAGCUCCGCGCAUAG